GGAGUUAGGACCUAAAUCUGGAUCAGAGACCAGUCUGGCCCAAGGACAUGAAACUCAUGAUCUCUCUAGGAAUCAUCUUGGGAAUGAUGACCUAUACCGCAGCUCUACCUAUCCAGAAUUCAUCGGUGAUACAAGAAAUGAGAGGGAGGUUGAAAAGAGGAAACUCAGAGGUGAUUAGGGGUCCAGAGGAAAUGAAUGCAAUGGACAGGAUCCUGAGAACCAAUGGGAGGCUGGGCAGCUCUAGAGCCCGAGGCCUGUCCUUCAGGGAAGGAGACAUUGCCAGCUCCUACAACAUACAGAGCCGCAGCGCCAUAACCUGCCCUGGUAACUCCUGCCUCUGGCCCAAGUCAGUGGAUGGAUCUGUCUAUGUUCCCUACAUUAUCUCUCCACAAUAUGAUGACAUGGACAGAAUCACCAUAGAGAUGGGAAUGCUGGACAUCUUACUUGAAACGUGUGUGAAGUUCGUUCCUCGCAGCCAUGAAACCAACUUCCUGGAUAUACAGCCCAGGUUUGGUUGCUGGUCAUUCCUGGGUAUGACUGAAGGCCCUCAGCCCAUCUCCCUGCAGUCCCCUGGGUGCAUGUGGUCUGGCAUCGUUUCCCAUGAACUCAUGCACGCUCUGGGCUUUGUGCACGAGCAGUCCCGCUCUGACCGGGAUCGCCAUGUUUCUAUCAUGUGGGAAAACAUCAGGAAGGGUCAGAAGCAUAACUUUAAGAAGUACCAGACCAACAACCUCAAUACUGUCUACGAUUACGGCUCCAUCAUGCACUAUGGCAGGUAUGCCUUCUCAGAGGACGGUAGCCCAACCAUCAUCCCCAAACCAGAUCCCAACACUCCUAUUGGUCAGCGAGAUGGACCCAGUGUUCUGGACAUACAGAAGAUAAACCUACUGUAUGAAUGUGGUGGCCUGGUGUAACUCCGAUGAAGAACUGUCAGCGUAGACCACAAACUGAUGGAACAAUUCAUAUCCCAUUUAUACUGAUAUUUUAAUCAUGUUUAUGAAACUUAAGAUCGAGACAAGUCAAUAAAGUCUGUUAUAAGUGUUGUACAACGUGAUUUAAAGUGUGAGAUCUCGUAAUGGUCGUUAUCACAACCGAUGACCACAUGGGGAUUAAUGGGCAACCCGACGUGCAUCUGCUUCAUGGCGAUCAGAGUGAUCCUUCUCAGUCCCAGGCCAUUCUAAUCAUUCAUGACAGCUCCUCUUCAGCAGACUAACACCCACUGACACCUCGUUCAUACUAUCUGCCUGCUCCAUACAAAGGCACUUGUUUUCUACAUAAGAUCAUGUUUUCCAUCAUUUUUGUCAUACUGGUUUUCUCCUAAGACUGUCAAUGAUUGUUAUGGGGGGGGGGGGCGACAAUGUCCAAAUCUUACAUUUGUCCAAUCGCUUGUUCUUGCGUUCGAUUCUAUCACAUAUGAAAAACAGUAGAGUAUCACCGAAGAAGUUCCCCAGAACUCUGUUGAUAGGCUACGUUGAUUUGAAUCGGUAGAAUAUCACCAAAAGAGCUUUUACAGUAGAAUACCACCAAAAGAGCUUUUACAGUAGAAUACCACCAAAAGAGCCUUUACAGUAGAAUACCACCAAAAGAGCUUUUACAGUAGAAUACCACCAAAAGAGCUUUUACAGUAGAAUACCACCAAAAGAGCUUUUACAGUAGAAUACCACCAAAAGAGCUUUUACAGUAGAAUACCACCAAAAGAGCUUUUACAGUAGAAUACCACCAAAAGAGCUUUUACAGUAGAAUACCACCAAAAGAGCUUUUACAGUAGAAUACCACCAAAAGAGCUUUUACAGUAGAAUACCACCAAAAGAGCUUUUACAGUAGAAUACCACCAAAAGAGCUUUUACAGUAGAAUACCACCAAAAGAGAUUUUACAGUAGAAUACCACCAAAAUAGCUUUUACAGUAGAAUACCACCAAAAUAGCUUUUACAGUAGAAUACCACCAAAAGAGAUUUUACAGUAGAAUACCACCAAAAUAUAUUUUACAGUAGAAUACAACCAAAAAAGCUUUUACAGUAGAAUACCACCAAAAGAGCUUUUACAGUAGAAUACCACCAAAAGAGCCUUUUGCUUUCUGGAUCAUUCUCAUCCCAGGGGCCCAGGUCAGUUCAGCAGGGAGUCCAGGUCAGUUCAGCAGGGAGCCCAGGUCAGUUCAGCUGGGGGCCCAGGUCAGUUCAGCUGGGGGCCCAGGUCAGUUCAGCUGGGGGCCCAGGUCAGUUCAGCAGGGAGCCCAGGUCAGUUCAGCAGGGAGCCCAGGUCAGUUCAGCAGGGAGCCCAGGUCAGUUCAGCUGGGAGCCCAGGUCAGUUCAGCUGGGAGCCCAGGUCAGUUCAGCUGGGAGCCCAGGUCAGUUCAGCAGGGAGCCCAGGUCAGUUCAGCAGGGAGCCCAGGUCAGUUCAGCAGGGAGCCCAGGUCAGUUCAGCUGGGAGCCCAGGUCAGUUCAGCUGGGAGCCCAGGUCAGUUCAGCUGGGAGCCCAGGUCAG